GAAUCAAAGUCACAAAUACAUUUCUAUAAGAUUAGAGAUUUUACCAUUCUAUUGCCUUAUCCAAUCUGCUCUCACUGACUCUUCAAUCUUCGGCUCUGUAAUCUCUUCUCAAUCCGAAAAUCUCCCAAAUCACGUUUUGCUUUCUCUGUUUUCGUUUCAUGGAUAGCUCUCUCUCCCACCAGGGAUCCCUACCGUUUCUCCCGUCGCGCCGCAAUUCCGUGAGACGAUGCGGCGGCAAUUGUGUUCUCCUUCCCUCGCGGCGUAAGGUCCGGUACGAUUCGAUGGUGGUUGUUGCGGCGGCGGCGGGCGCUGGAGCGAGCGUCGACGCGCCUUUCGCGCCGCUUUCGGCUCAGGGACGGUUUCUAAGCUGCGUCUUGCUCAAAAAGCGGCAGCUCUUCCACUUCGCCGUCGCUGAUUUGCUCAAGCAGCUCGCCGAUGAUAAAGAAUCCGCUUUAUCGAGGAUGUUCCUCAGUUCUGGAUCCGUUGAAGCGUCUCUCCACAGAAGGAUAGCGCAACUCAAGGAGAGCAAUUGCCAAACUGCAGUUGAAGACAUAAUGUACAUGUUGAUCUUGUACAAAUUCUCCGAGAUAAGAGUGCCUCUUGUUCCAAAGCUCCCCACUUGCAUCUACAAUAAAAGACUCGAGAUCUGGCCUUCGAAAGACUGGGAACUCGAAUCAAUCCAUAGCUACGACGUCCUUGAACUCAUCAAAGAACACAGUAACGCAGUCAUCAGCUUAAGAGCGAAUUCUACUUUGACUGACAAUUUGGCUACAGCCGAGAUAGAUACGCAUCAGCUAAGUAAAGUAUACACAGCUUCGAUCUUGUAUGGAUACUUUUUGAAAUCUGCUUCGCUCAGGUACCAACUCGAAUGCUCGCUAUCAGAAAACCACGGAAGCCUCACUAAGCAACUGAGACAUUACAUAUCCGGGUUCGACCCAAAGAUAUUGCAGAGAUGCGCAAAGCCGAGGUCACGUGAAGCCAAGAACCUGAUAGAGAAGCAGAGCCUAGCUCUUUUCGGUCCCGAGGAAAACAAAGAGAGCAUUGUGACAUCGUUUUCUAGCCUGAAGAGGCUGCUUCUUGAGGCUGUGGCGUUUGGUACGUUUCUGUGGGAUACGGAGGAGUAUGUAGAUGGCGCGUUCAAGCUCAAGGAGAAUGAGAAUGCUGAAGAAGAAGAAAAUAGCAGUGUCUGAAAUGAACCAGUUUGCUUGAAGAAGAAAAGGAAGCUCGAAUAUCUUUUUGGGUGCACACUGCAUUAUAUGUAUAGGGAGACAAAAAAAGGUUUCUUCCGGGUCAAUGGCUAUGGAAAUUAUUUUUGUCCAAAGUUUUCGUUACUAUGUGUAUAAUGAUGGCUUAUAGAGAGAUUGGUUUUAUCA